CAAUAUUCGAAAUCAUUCCGCGUUAGAGGCAAAGCUGUAUAGUCAUGCUCUCUGAGCGUGAGUAUUGAGCGAUUUGAGAAUUAAUCUUCGAGCAUUAUGGUCGAAGGAAUUAAUGAUGAAGGAAGUAUCAAGAUAUGAUUAAGAUCAUAGGCCGGUAUUCAGAGUCGUUACUUAUUUUUAAGAUCAUCUCUGAAUGAUGCUCGUGCUCUGAAUACACUGAAUAUACCGGCCUCAGUUUCUCUCUGACAACACCAUCGGAACCUGGGCCAUGAGCAAAUGCUCUCAUUUCCUCUCUGUUAUCAUAUAAGCCUUGGUUGUUUCCUUUCUCUGAAGUAGUAAGUACGUGAUUUUAAAUUUCAAAUGUUUUCACAUGGCCGUUAGCUGCCGUUAGCCGCCAGCAGCCGCCAGUUCGACAAGGAGUUCGAUGGAGUUCGACGAGUUUGACCAAGUUCGACCGUCCGCCCGCAUUCACAUUGAUAGAAUGAAUAGUUCAUCUCAUGUAUAUAAUUGUUUAAAAGUGGCUACAACAUUUGUCAGUAAAGUGAAUCAAGUGAAAGUAUUUACUCAGAGUAGUAUAACUGUACAUUUGAAGCUACAUAACAAGUUUAUAAUUGUAUAUUAAUUAUAUAAAUCUUUAUAAUGAUGACUGUAAGCGCAUCAUUCCAUCGCAAUGUAUAUUUGUUAACUCAACUAGUUGAACCUAAUGGCGAUUUCAAGAAACACUUCCGUGAGGGUAUGUUUGACAAGCCCAACACAACAGGAUUCUUACAUAUAUCUCAUUAUUUGUUAACUAUAUACGAUUCAGAUCAGUUUCAAAAACUAUUUGAGUGGCCAGUAAUUUGCAAGAAAACUGAGUUAAAGUAUCGUAAUAGUGUCAAAGAUUAUUUAACAGUUAUAUCUCAGGAAAAUCCUGAUAUUGGUUUCCCAAAUAUUCUGAAUUCUCACUUAAUUCAUGCAGGUGGAAGUAAAUUUACAAUCAUUAUGUGGAAAUUAUCUGAAGUAGUUGUAAGGAGAUAUAUUAUCCGACAAAGUCUAGUGUGGAAAGAAAAUAUAAAUAAACAAUUAAAUUACCUACAACGAAAGAAUACAGCUUUGAAAGGGAUAGAACAGCUUAUUUCUAAAAUUAAUAAUAUAAUACUAAGUCACAGUGAUGAUGCUAAUAUAUUGGAUAUAAAGAACAUGAAUAAAAUAAAUUGUUCAGACAUUUCAGACUUAUUUUGCCCAGAUAUACAAUGUCUGUUAUUCGAAUUGUAUAAAGAUGAUAAAUUAGUGUUCAAUAAUUUUGUCGUAUUAUUUAAUUAUGUUAUGACGCAAUUAUAUGAACGAUUGAAAUUAAGUACACUAGAGGAUUACUCAGACUUAUCGUUACAAAUGAAAGCCAGUUGUGUGGAUUUGGAGAACGCAUCAAGUGUAAUUCAGACAUAUGUGGAAGAUGUUACUAAAAUGACGGCAGAAACACAAGAUAUUUUACGUCAACGAAGUACAAUGAAAAUUCAUGACGAUGCCUUAAUGCCUAUAAUGAAUAAUAUGCUCGUUACAUUAUCGCCUCUUAUUAAUAUUGAUACAGAUCAUACUGAUGAAAAAGUUGAUCUCCAGAAACGAUUACAACUAACUCCAAUGAAAGCUGCACACAAAUCACUCUUCUUGAGAUACGAGCGUCUGAAACAGUAUCAAACACCGCGUACAUCAAAAUUUAGAGAACAUUUAUUAGUGUCCAGAAUCAAUUUCGAUGAUACGAUCGCAAGCACGAAUAGCGACAACCGCACAUUGAAUAUACAAACAAGUUAUGAAAAAUGUGUGUCAGCGAAGAAAAACAUAUUAUCGUUCAAACAAACAGAAAAAUAUUCCCGAUUAUUUUCAAACCGUAUGAAACGAUAUGGUAGUAAAGCGGACUUAAGCCUGAUGUCUAUACCGUGUUCUUCGAAAGCAAAUUCAACCACAAUUGGAAAUGCAAUUGAAGAAAUGAAUGAUGAAGAAAUGAAUGAUGAAAAAAUGAAUGAUAAAGAAAUUGAGGACAGUCUAGACAUCUCAGCUAAAAGUACAGAAAUAGCCGCUCCUAACUUGGAUACUAAAAGUAAUGAUUGUGAAAAUAAAUCGGAAAUGGAAGAUGUCGUGAAUGAAUUUUUGAAUAAACCCGUCAGUCUUAUCAAUGAAAAUAAUGAUGACAACAAUGGACCUAAAAUUCCACAAACUAGACAGAAAAGACGUUCAAUUGGAGACUUAGUUGAACGUUAUAAAAAAUUACUUGGAAAAGGUACUGCGCCAAGUCCAGAUUAAUUGUAUAUAUUGCGAUAACAAAUAGCUGUAAAAAUUUAUUGUUUGCCAGUAUUAAUAAAAAAGAA